AUCGAUCAAUCAAAGUCUCAAUAAUCUCAGAAAGUGGAGGUGAGGUCUGUAGAUCGGAUUAGACUGUAGAAACUAAUAUCUUCAUGUAGUUUGCAGUGUUUACAAACUGGAAACUAAAGUUUAAAACAUUUAAACUUUUAAAGUUUAUUUUCCAGAGUUUUAAAACAGUUGUUAAAGUGUUUUAUUGGGAAUCAAACCUGUGUGUGUUUGUGUUCAGGGUUCGGCCUCUGUGGUGUCGGGCGCUCCCGCCAUCCUCCUCAGCUCCAUGGCGACGGAGGCCGUGUGCGAGCGUGUGCGGCAGAUCGAAGGCAUCGACCAGAGCAUGAUGGCACAGUACAGCGCCACCAUCAGGAAGGCGAACGUUAACGGCAGAGUUUUGUCUCAGUGUAACAUCGACGAGCUGAAGAAAGAGAUGAACAUGAACUUUGGAGACUGGCAACUCUUCAGAGCCACGGUUCUGGACAUGCGUCACAUUGAGAGUCAGGUGUUGCACGAGGAAGCUGCCAGUGAGCAAGGCAGCGUCGUGGGCGGUCACACCGAGGCAGGGAGGCGAGCCGUGGCUCCGCCCCUCGCAGGCGGCGCCAACCCGGACGCCUCCCCGAUGUACAGCUUCAACCUGAGCUUCGAGGAGCUGAGCACUGUGGGACUGGACGACCCGGCAAGACACGGAAACCUGCAGUGGAUGAGUGGCGCUCACAGAACCGCCAGCAUGACGAGCCUGAACUCGCAGGAAUCCUCCAACGACAUCGGCAAGCUGACGGACAAACAGCAGGCCGAGUACCGCAACGCCUACCAGGAGUACAUCGCCCAGAUGGCUCAGCUGGAGAUGGGCGGUGGCGGCGGCGAGAGGCCCGUCCAACCGCAGCCGGGUCAGUUCAUGACAUCAUCGUCAGACGACAAGAGCAAAGAUGGCGGCGAGCAGGACGGACGUAAGUCCUUCAACAAAAGGAGCGGCGGCAAACCGGCAGCAGACAACGUCGACUUUGCAUCCAACGGCGACGCACUGGACCCCAUCACCGAGGAGGACGAGAAGGGCGACCACGGGUCCUCCAAGUCCCUGCUGACCCGCAAGACCUCGGCGGAAAGAGGCGGGCUGUUCCAGGGCGCCGCCGACCUGAAGCUGAAGGCGGGCGGCGGGCUGCGCUACCAGAAGCUGACCAGCGAUGACGAGGAGUCUGAGGAGUCCGACAACGCUCCCCUCCUGAAAGACGGAAAGAAGGCGGUCGACCCAAAGCUCCCCGGCGGCUCGCUGGCGCUGAAGGGGAAGGACUACCUGUCGGACGCCAUGUUGGACAAGAAAGACUCGUCGGAUUCUGGCGUGCGCUCCAACGAGAGCUCGCCCAACCACUCGCUGCAGGACGAGGAGGCCGACCUGUCGCAGCUGGAGAGAGCCAACCUGAUCGAGCUGGACGAGGAGAGCCAGGCCAGGAAGCGCGGACUUCCCAGCAGCCUCAGCGGCCUCCAGGACCCGGCGGUCGCCCGUAUGUCCAUCUCAGAGGAUGCUGACGGUAAAAACAAAGACAUUAAGCGGGUUUACCUUCAGAGAGAACCAGCCUGUGUCCCCGGGUCGUGGUUCUGGAGCAGCGGGUCUCGGUACCGGGUUCUGGUCUCGGGUGUUCGGCCUGUAUCCGGAUCAAAGCGGAGCUCUUCCUCCAUCCGCAACAACGGCCGCCAUCUUAGUGAGAACAACAGCCCGCCACUGCGCAAAGCCCGCGAAAAUCACCGCUGCUUGUUCCGGUCGCUGCUGUCAAAAUAA